AUGGCGACCCGGUAUUCAUAUAACAAAACGAUUCCACAGACGAUUUACUCUCCAGAAAACGUGGUUUUCACAUAUUCAAGUGAAAAGAACCCGGAAAUACGCAAUCCACGACGAACGAAGCUGGGAUUAGCUUCAGGAAAGGCACUUCCGUCAUGCGACUUUGUCUACCGUCAUAUUCAUUACGACGAGGACAAGAACAUUCUGGAAGACUACCAAACGCCCUUCGAUAAGCCGUUCUACGAUCUGAUUCGAGAUGAUCUGUGGGUGUGUGAUCCUUUGUCUCUCACUGAUGAACAAAUUCCCGAUUCGCUAAAUCUGUUUCCUAACGGAAAGCAUCCUCUGGACUUCAUCGCUCCUGGAGGUAAGCUGAUGCGUUUCAGCGAGUCCCUUUAUCACGGCGUUGUCAACACGACCAAGAUCACAGCGAAUAUCGUCACAAACCCCACCGAAGCGCGUCGUCUUCUCUCCUCUUCGCUUUCCAGCCUCAAAUCAGGAGCUGGACACAUUUGGACGGGCGUGAAGCUCUACGGCUACGAAGUGAACACGGGAAGCCGAUUAUUCUGGAAACUGAUCAAAGGCGGCCAGCUUUCCUACCGUGAAAAGAAACAACUGAGCCGCGCCGUUAACGACACGAGCCGUCUUAUUCCGUUCACCAUCUUCGCCAUCAUCCCAUUCAGCGAGUUAACGCUUCCAUUCGUUUUAAAAAAAUUCCCGAACUUCUUGCCCUCGACCUUCACCUCGGAGGCCAAAAAAGACGACAUUCGUCGAAACAUUCUCGAAGCGCGCCUCGGCCUCGCCCGCGAAUACUACGACCAAAUGAAAGCCACCGCGAAGAAGCAUCGCCGCGACGACCUGGGCAACGGCGACUGCGCGAGCGAGCUGCUUCAGCGCAUCCGCGAAGUUUCGUACGGGCAGAUCGACGACGUGGACGACGUGAUCUCGGUGUGCAAGCUGUUCCGCGACGACAUCAUCGUCUCCGUGGCGAAGUAUCUGAGCGUGUUCACGCUGGGCGGCGACGAAAUGGCGCGCGUGGCGCUGCGGACGCGACUGCGAUCCAUCGUCCAGGAAGACCGACUGCUGUACUUCGAGGUAGCGUUGUGGGGCGUCGAGCUGGAGCAAUGCUGCGAGCUGCGAGGCUUGACGAGCGAUGGACUGCUCAAGGCUGAUUACCUCGAUCUCAUGAACACGUGGCUGCAACUCGCGGUGGUGAAGCGCGUGCCGACGACGUUGCUGGUGAUGGCGAAUAUGCUGUCGAUGCUCGCGAAGGAAGACACGAUUGAGUCCAUGUUGCCAUCGGCCGUGUCGAUGUUGUCGGAGGAUGUGAUUAAGGAGACGAUUAUAUCGCUGGCGCCGGUGAAUGACCCGACGGCGAUGAAGAUGCGGUACGAGAGAGCGGUGAAGGCGGAUGAGGAGAUUAAGGAAGAAAACAUGGUCAAGGAGGAGUUUACUGUGAAUAAUAAGAUAACGAUGUUUAAUCCGGUGGUGAAAGAGAAGAAGAAGCGGACAGCGAAGAGCAAGUCUGCCAAAAUUGAGUUUUAUUGA